AUGCUUUAUCUCUUUCUCUCUCCCAUUCUUCCUUUCUAUCUCCUAUUCCUUUUCCCUCCUUUCUAUCUCCUAUUCCUUUUCCCUCCUUUCAUCUUCAGUCUCAUUUUCUUUCAACUGUUUAGCAAUGUUCCUUUCUCUUUCAUCUUUUUCCUACUCUCCUCAAUACCCCAUAUUCUCCCCCUCUCUGUAUCCUUCAUCUUCUUCCUCUCCCCACAUUCCUCCUCCACCUCUGUUUCUUUCUUCUUGAAUUGCCCCAUUCUUCUUCCUCUUUUAUCUUUCAUCCACUUCCUUCUCUUCCUCUCCUCAUCCUUAUCUCCUACUCUGUCAUGUUUAUAUUCUUUUUGUCUCCCCAUUUCUUUCUCUCUCAUUUUCGUCCUCUAUAUCCUCUUCUCUUUCAUCUUCUUCCUCUCUCCCUACUGCUCUUUCUCCUGUCCCUUUCUUGUUCCUCUUUUCAUCCUUCUCUCCUCCUCUAUGUCAUUUUUAUAUUCUUCUUUUCUCCCCAUUCCUCUCUUUUGCAUUUUCUUUCUCUAUGUCCUCCUCUCUCUCAUCUUCUUCCUCUCUCCACCACUGCUCCUCCUCCUGUCUCUUUCAUCUUCUUCCUCUCUCUCAUCUUUUUCCUCUUUUCCCAUUUCCCCUCCUCCUUUUCAUCUAAAUCACAAUUUGUCUUUCAAAAAAAAAUAA